AUGUAUCUGUUUGUUUGUUUCUACCUCCUAAUGAGCUUUUUUGAAGAACUGCAUGGGUUUUGUCCUUCACAAUGCACUUGUGUUUACCAUGGCAGAAGUGAUGGCACUGGAGCAAGGUCUGUACUCUGUAAUGAUCCUGACAUGUAUGAGAUCCCCGUAAAUGUUCCUGUGGAUACUGUAAAACUUCGUAUAGAGAAAACUGUCAUACGAAGGAUUCCGACUGAAGCCUUUUACUACCUAGUAGAUCUCAAAUACCUGUGGGUAACUUACAACUGUGUAGCAAACAUUGAUAUCAGCAGCUUCUAUAACUUGAAACAAUUGCAUGAGUUACGGCUGGAUGGUAAUCUGCUCUCAGGCUUCCCUUGGGAAUCACUGGCAGAGAUGCCUAACCUACGGACUCUUGAUUUACACAAUAAUAAAAUAACCAGCAUUCCCGCUGAUGCUGGCCGGUACCUGAAAAACCUCACCUACCUGGACAUAUCCAGCAACAAGCUAACCACUUUGCCAUCAGACUUGAUGGACAUUUGGCCUCCCUUCUCAGAAGCUGUCCUGUCUAAGAGCACAGGCAGUCUAGCGACCCAGAGAGUCAUUUUGGGUUUGCAGGACAACCCAUGGUUUUGUGAUUGUCGCAUUUCAAAGCUAAUUGAAUUUUCCAAAAUUGUGGACAACUCAGUUGUACUUCUUGAUCCAUUGGUUUCAUGUAGUGGACCUGAGAGCCUAGCAGGAAUCUUGUUCCAGAGAGCUGAGUUAGAGCAGUGUCUUAAACCAUCUGUGAUGACGUCGGCGACAAAAAUCACUUCCCCACUGGGAAGCAACGUUCUGCUACGCUGCGAUGCAACUGGGUACCCAACACCGCAGCUUACCUGGACUAGGUCAGACAAUAUACCAGUGAACUAUACAGUAAUUCAAGAAACACCUGGAGAGGGUGUCAGAUGGUCCAUAAUGAGCUUGACAGGGAUUUCAUACAGGGAUGCAGGAGAAUACAGAUGUAAAGCCAAGAACUUAGCAGGAAGGGCAGAAGCUGCUGUCACUGUCACAGUGGUUGGUGUAGUUACUACAACUGUGUCACCACAGAAGUAUGGAAGGAAGCAAGAGGCACAGAGACAGAAUACCACUCAGGAUGAAUCCAACCAGGAACCUGAGAGGACAACCACGCCUCUUCCCAUCACACCAACUACCACAGCGCUGGUUAACACUGAAAUAUCAACAAGCAUCAGGUUUACUGUCAAGAAGCAAUCCAGGCCCAUGUCUGAUGGAAAGAAAAAUUCAAAGGCAACUUCAUUGAAUGCAGCAAGUAUGGCUGAGCAAAAUGUCACUGUAAAGAACCUAAGAGUGAUCACUGAAACUGAUGAAAGAGUGACCUUAACUUGGAAAACUGUCAAUGCCACAAGCAGCUCUGCAGUGACUGUGUUAUACUCAAAGUAUGGUGAGAAAGAUAUGUUGCCUCUGAGCACUGAUUCUAGCAAAAACAAAGUCACAAUUGAUGGUUUGCAGCCCAGUACUCAAUAUAUGGCAUGUGUCUCACCCAAAGGAGUGCCACCUACAAAAGAGCAGUGCAUUAUUUUCUCCACUGAUGGGUUAAGUGAUGAAAGCAGCUCUCAGUUUUCAAUUCUGAUAUUGGCCAGCAGUGCAGCAUGUGUGGUUGUCUUACCUUUGAUAUUUUUCUUAAUCUACAAAGUUUUAAGACUUCACAUAAAGCCAAAAACAGUGAAGGAAGCUGACCUUGCAAGAGAGUCCUAUGUGAAAUUUGAAACACUGUCUCUGAAACCUCGAACAGUGUGUGCAGGAGAGCAGCUCUGGGCGCGAAGGUACACAGAUGAGUCGGAAAGGCUUCUCCUCUGUUCUAGGUCAAGCAUGGAUUCUCAAAUGACCUUCAAAAGUGAGGGCUCUAGGUCUGAGUAUCUGUGUUGA